CCUCUUUCUCUCCUCCCUGACAAUAACUUUCGAAACCACCGGUGUGACAUGAUCAAAGACUCUAUCUCCUUGGCACACGUUAUUCAAACCUACGCACGAACCAGACAACUAACCAGAGGAAAGCAGCUCCACGCUCAGCUAAUUUGCAGUGGUUACCAGUUAUGCAUCUUUGUCUCCAAUCAUCUUCUCAACAUGUACGCCAAGUCUGGAGAGCUGGACUUCGCGCGGAACAUGUUCGACACAAUGCCUUACCGAAACCUGGUUUCUUGGACCGCUUUAAUUUCUGGACUUUCGCAGAAUGGGAGAUUCGCAGAAGCUUUGAGCACCUUCACUCAAAUGCGAAAUACUGGAGAAAAGCCAACCCAGUUCGCAUUUUCAAAUGUAAUUCAAUCUUCCGCCUCCCUGGGGUCACUUGAGAUUGGGAAGCAACUACAUUCCCUUAGUAUGAAGAUGGGUUUUAAUGAUGAAUUAUUUGUGGGCAGUAAUCUUGCAGAUAUGUACUCGAAAUGUGGGGCUCUGGCGGAUGCUUACCAAAUUUUUAGUGAAAUGCCAUACAAAGAUCAGGUUUCAUGGACGGCGAUGAUUGAUGGGUACACUAAGAGUGGUAAUUUCGAGGAAGCUUUGUUUGCUUUUAAGACGAUGAUUCAUGAAGGGGUCACCGUCGAUCAGUAUGUCUUUUGUAGCACGUUAGGCGCAUGUGGGGCGCUUAAGGAUUCCAAAUUUGGGAAGUCUCUUCAUUCAUGGAUUGUGAAAUUAGGAUUUGAAUCGGAGACUUAUGUGGGCAAUGCACUCACAGACAUGUACUCAAAAGCAGGGGAUAUGGAGAGUGCAUUUCAUGUGUUUGGGAUUGACUCUGAUUUGAGGAAUGUGGUGUCUUAUACUUCUUUGAUUGAUGGGUUUGUUGAGACUGAACAGAUUGAUAAAGCUUUGAGUAUUUUUGUUGAGUUGCAGAGACAGGGAAUUAAACCUAAUGAAUUUACUUUCUCAAGUCUGGUUAAGGCCUGUGCUAGCCAAGCUGCGCUUGGACAAGGGACUCAGCUUCAUGCCCAAGUGAUAAAAACCCAUUUUGAUAUUGAUCCAUUUGUUUCUUCUGUCCUUGUUGAUAUGUAUGGGAAGUGCGGACUGCUUGAUUGUUCGGUCCAAGUAUUUGAUGAGAUCAGGAACCCAACUGAGAUUGCUUGGAAUUCAUUGUUGGGUGUGUUUGCUCAGCAUGGGUUAGGCCAAGAGACCAUUAAGAUUUUCAGUCAGAUGAUUAAAAAAGAAAUUCAACCGAAUGAUAUCACGUUUAUUAGUCUUUUGAUAGGGUGUAGCCAUGCUGGCUUGGUAGAGGAAGGACUGGAUUACUUCUAUUCCAUGGAAAAAACGUAUAGUGUGGAGCCUAGACAUGAACAUUAUUCAUGCAUUAUAGAUUUGCUAGGCCGAGCUGGAAGUCUCAAAGAAGCUGAGGAUUUUAUAAAUAGCAUGCCGUUUGAGCCAAACACAUUUGGUUGGUGUUCUUUUCUUGCAGCCUGCAGAACCCAUAAUGACAAGGAGAGGGGUGAGCUUGCUGCAGCAAAACUGAUGAGGCUUGAACCCAAAAAUAGUGGUACCCAUGUCUUGCUGUCAAACAUCUAUGCAACAGCAGGGCAAUGGGAAGAUGUCAGGAACAUCAGGAAGAUUAUGAGAGAUGGCCAGGUGAAGAAACUUCCUGGUUACAGUUGGGUUGAUGUAGAUAACAAGACUCAUGUGUUUGGAGUUGAGGAUUGGUCUCAUCCCCAGAAGAGAGAAAUAUAUGAGAAGCUGGAGAGUCUUUUCACUCGGAUUCGGGAAGCUGGGUACGUUCCUUACACAGGUUCUAUCCCAUUUAAUAUGGAAGAAAGCAUGAAGGAGAGGCUGCUCCAUCAUCACAGUGAGAGGAUAGCUGUUGCAUUUGCAUUAAUAAGCAUGCCAACUGGGAAGCCCAUCAUUGUGAAGAAGAAUAUAAGGGUGUGUGUGGAUUGUCAUUCAGCCAUGAAGUUCAUUUCAAAGGUUGAGGGACGAAAGAUCAUUGUUAGGGAUAACAGUAGAUUCCACCACUUCGUGGAUGGAUCAUGUUCCUGUGGAGAUUACUGGUAGGAGCUUGAAGAUAGUUAGAAGGAACCACUGCCAAAAAUUCCUGAAAAAACUUCUUGAACCCUCCCCUCUGUCUCUCCUAACAGAAGAACCUUCCCCAUCGCUUCAAAUACACUCCUUUAGAGCAGCAAGUUGUUGCUCUUAAAGCCAAGUAUCCUGAUGUUCUCUUCAUGGUCAAAGUGAGCCACAAGUACAGAUUUUUUGGCAAAGAUUCAGAUAUUGCUGGUAGGGUUUCUGGUGAUUUAUGCCCAUGUUCUCUUUACGAGAGAGCAUUCCCAUGUUCUGGCGGAAUGUUCAUGUCCGGAGACUUGUCAGUUUUGGGCAUAAAUUUGGUGUAGUUAAGCAAAUGGAGAUUGUGGCCAUCAAGGCUCAUAGGACUCAUUGG